AUGUCGACUAGAAAACAGUUUGCACUGCUUGUACCAGUGGUCAGUCUGCUCUCAUCUGUAUCGUGUGCUGAGAAUCCGUUAGUGUAUCCUUGUGUAGACUUUGAAGCAAUUCGUUGGGUCAGGGACUCGACCUUCUGUGACCAGUAUUAUAUUUGCCAUUUCGGACAACCCCUGGCUAUGCCGGCAUGUCCUUCUGGCCAGGUCUGGAGCAACGGAGCAGUUAACUGUGUCCCCAAAGAUUCCGUAUGGGAUGAUUGUUACAAUGGGAUAUCCUCUACACAAAGGGAUACCACCCAGGUACAACAAAACACUUUAAAAACAAAUCAAACCUCUACAGUUACCGGACCUGUGCAAUUGAACCCGACUUACAAUAAUAUUGUCAUUUCAAUAAAACAAAUGGCAUCAAGCAUUGCCAGCCCUACUUUUACAACCGCUCAGACACAUUUGCCAAACAACAACCAAAAUGUGGCUCGCCCAGAGUACCACAUAUCUGCACAAACAAAAGAACAUGGCGUCAAAGCUCCAGAAAGCUGGUACAAACACUCAAACAGCAUCACGACUUUAAAAAACACAACCAUCAUUACUUCAACCCCAACUUCAACAUCAAGAACAUCAGAAAUGAGGACAUCAUCGCCAGUCUUCACUAAAAGCUCCAGGAGCCAGACUCGGAUGACAAGUCCAGCGACGCUUCCUCGUGGAUCCCGCCUGUAUGAAGUUAUGUUUGAGGAGAGGACCCGGCUGUUGAAGCAUCGCUUGAACGCCACCUACCAGCUGUUUAAGGUCGAUCCAGGUACGUGGGGACGUCUUAUAUUGUUUUAUUGUCGCUAUAGAUACACUAGAUCCCAGCUCGUGUGUGGAAAAGUAUUUUCUGUGACUGUUUCGUGGCAGCGCAACCAUGAAUGCUUCCAUCAGCCUGGAGCUCUGUUGCCACAUCCCCACAACUGCCACUGGUACAUCAACUGCAGCCUGGCCAAUCUUGAUGACCUAGAGACCAAACCUGAACACAGAGAGGGCGAAGACUCAAGGACCAACAGCGAUGAGGGAAGCAUCACUCUUCUUCCCUUUAGAGUCAGGCAUGCUGGCGUGUUUGUCUGGGAGUGUCGCUAUCCUCAGCUUUUUGAUGAAGCCACCGGGAGAUGUCGGGAGUUCAUCAACGUUGAUUGCAAGUCCAGAUUUCAGCCAGUUGACCAAUGUGAAUACACAGCCAAGCAGUGUCGAGGUGGAAGGUGUGUUCCUUGUGAGCGCCGGUUCGGACGUUGCCGUGGUCGACAGAACGGAGUUUACCCGCUCCACCACACAAGAUGGACUCCUGUAUUUGUGACCUGUUACCAAGAAAGAGAAACAUCGCUCAGGACGAGUGCACCCCGCCAACUCCAGUCUUCUCCCCAGAACUGCUUGACUGUACCCAAGCAACAUGGGGGAUUUCUUCCCGACUGCAGCACGCGACCUGAUGGAUACUAUCCAGAUGAACAAGGUCACUUCCGGGGCUACGAUGAGUGUCCUCCAGGAAGUGUCUUUGAUCCCACAAUCCCAGCGUGCCAACCUUACAGCUAUGCCUCCAAGCCGUGUGGGGAAGGACAGGCUCCACUGUGUGGCGGUAAAAUGGACGGCCUUUAUGCAGAUCCUUUCGGCAGAUGUACGAACUACUUCCAGUGUACAGGAGGUGUCUUUCAGCAGUAUCUCACCUGUGACUUGGGGAUCUUUGACCCGCUGACCCAGAGAUGUGUGGUCUCUGCCGAACUCACAGUCAGACCUUGCGGACUCCAGCCCAGCCCAUGUGAAGCCUUACCCACCGGCGUCUACCCAGAUCAAGCCACCGGAUGUCAACAUUUCAUCGAGUGUCACCAUGGCAACAUGCUGACCAAUGGAACGUGCCCCAAAGGGACAGUUUUCAGUGCUAUCACAGGUGAUUUAUGUUUAACAUUGCUAAGUAUUCCCACAAUCCUGCUGACAACUCUACAGGUCGCUGUGACUUGCCUGAAUACACGCCUCCGCCUUGUGGAGUCUCCACUGUCUGUAGCGAUAAACCAGACGGGACGCUACCCAGCGCUGGCCCGGGGAUGCAGCUUCUUCUACGAGUGUCAUGGGGGAGAGUUCCUCAGCCUACGCCGAUGUACUGAGGCUGAUGGGGGCAUCUUCUUCAACCCGGACACAGGAACUUGUGACUACCCACAGAACAUCUGUCCUCCUUGUGGCUACAGGUGGUGGGGCUGUGCCGAUCUUUUAUUGCCAGUCGGGAAGUGCCGAUCUUUCUUUCAAUGCUAG